AUGACGAUCACAAAAAACAAAAGACGAUCACGAGAGACAAACAAAAGACGAUCACAAGAGACAAAUGAUGAUCACAAAAAAACAAAAGACGAUCACAAGAGACAAAAGACGAUCACAAGAGACCCAACACUGAACAGAAACACAUCACGCUCGACGCCACACUGGAGCAGAAACACAUCACGCUCGACGCCACACUGGAGCAGAAACACAUCACGCUCGACGCCACACUGGAGCAGACACACAUCACGCUCGACGCCACACUGGAGCAGAAACACACCUCACGCUCGACGCCACACUGGAGCAGAAACACAUCACGCUCGACGCCACACUGAGGCAAAACACCUCACGCUCGACGCCACACUGGAGCAGAAACACCACGCUCGACGCCACACUGGAGCAAAACACAUCACGCUCGACGCCACACUGGAGCAGAAACACCUCACGCUCGACGCCACACUGGAGCAGAAACACCUCACGCUCGACGCCACACUGGAGCAGAAACACCUCACGCUCGACGCCACACUGGAGCAGAAACACAUUACGCUCGACGCCACACUGGAGCAGAGACACAUCACGCUCGACGCCACACUGGAGCAGAGACACAUCACGCUCGACGCCACACUGGAGCAGAGACACAUCACGCUCGACGCCACACUGGAGCAGAGACACAUCACGCUCGACGCCACACUGCAUCCCGUGUGGCCAGUAGGUGAGGUGUAG